GCAGUUACCAUUCUAGAUCUGGAUUUCAGGCAUACUGCAAAAGGAGGUCUCUGUUGAUACAUGCACACACACACACACACACGUUUACUGAGAGAAAGUUGAGGUGCUGGUCUGUGAUCCUGCUCAGGAACGGAUUAAAAGCUUUAAAAAGUCAUAAGAAAGAGAGGUGAGCUAUGUCCUCCUGUGUGGUGAAGUCCAGAAGCAGGAACCCAUACACAGCGGUGCAGGUAGACCCCGACAGUGAUUACAUCACACCAGGAACAUUAGACCUGGAGCAGCUGUUCUGGACCGGCACCGGGGCUCAGUAUGCACAUGUCAACCAGGUCUGGCCCAGGGUCUACAUUGGGGACGAGAAAACAGCUCUGGAGCUGCCCGGCCUGAGGGAUCUGGGUAUCACACAUGUCCUUAAUUCAGCAGAGGGAAAGUGGAAUAAUGUGCUGACUGGUGCUGAUUACUACACUGACAUGGGCAUCCAGUACUACGGUGUGGAAGCUGAUGACAAACCCACCUUCAACAUCUCCCAGUACUUCUGCCCUGCAACCCAGUUCAUCCACGAGGCCCUCGGUGACCCACAGAACAAGGUGCUGGUGCACUGUGUGAUGGGUCGGAGCAGGUCAGCGACUCUGGUCUUGGCAUACCUGAUGAUGAAACACAACUUAACAGUCGUGGAUGCUGUUGAGCAUGUGCGACAGCGCCGCUGCAUCCUGCCCAAUCAUGGCUUCCUAAAACAGCUCAGAGCCCUGGAUAUCACGUUACAAGAGGAGAGGCUUAAACAAAAAAGAGAGAUGAAACACCAAUAAUGCACAAUAAUAGACAAUAGGCCAGUGUUUCCUACUUCAAUUUUUCUUUUUAAACUAUCUUUGUUAUACAGAAAUGUUAUUUAACUGUUGUAUUAUUAAACUCUGUUUUGUUUUUCACAACUGCAUUAUUUAAGAGUUAAAAUGUCAAAUUGAAGAAUGGGGUGCCCUCAGGGCUUAGUGAUGUUUUAAAGCAAGAGGGAUUUUCUCUAAGUGCGUAUACUGAAAGUGAAUGACCAGAUUUCAAUGAGUGAGGCACACAGAGUACGGCUUGACACUUACAUCCCUACUGUAAGACAUGAGGAGAGAUAAGCCUACAAAUUAAUUCACAAAUGUUGACUUGAAGCAAAUUGUUGUACCUUGGAUUGAUUACAUACUGUAG